UAAAAACAAGUAGGUCGCAGGGUUUCUUUGCUGCAGUCCCGCUCCACCUCUUCUCUCCCAGAAGCUCAAGGUGGCGCACACGUCCCCACCCACCUCCUCGUUUGGCCCCCACAACAACAACCCCAAGAGCCCAGGUAGAAACGCCCCUUUCAGCUCAGGAAGACCCCCAGGGUCUUCAGACUACUGGGGUCCCCUCAGCCAAUUGCAGCUCUUUUGUCACCAAGCAAAUUUCAUCAGAUCUGAACCUUCUUCUCUUAGAGCUCCUUGGACUAACCAUCUCUCUGUUUCCAGCAAUAUCAAGAACUGGCAAGGAUCUUCCUUCCCCUGGAACCAAAAAGCCAAAAGGUUUAUCGCCAGCUUUUUAGCUGAAAGGGUUGGAAUGAAGAUGAUAGAGCAAAAAUAUGCAGGCACUGAACCUAAAGCGGGAUCAGAAGGAGCAACAGAGCCUAUCAGAGCAGUUUAUUCUGAAUAUAUGACCAAGCAGUCAGGAUGUGGAACGUCUGAAGGCAGCAAAGGGGGACCUGGCAAGGGGAGGCAAGAGCAAUGGGAAGCCCAGUGGCAGCAGUUCCUGAAGACCCUGGAGACCCUUCACCCAGAAGGCAGAAGCCCCCCAGAGACGACUGAGUCUGCCACCUGGGAAGACGCCAAGGCCUUCCUGGCCUCCUUUGAGCAAGUGGCCAAAGCCUGCCGCUGGCCCAGAGGAGAGUGGGCAGCCCGGCUCCUGCCUGCGCUGAGCGGGGAAGCAGACGAGGCCUUCCGGAGCCUGGAAGCCGGAGACAGAGAGGAUUAUCGGAAGGUGAAGGCGGCCAUCUUGCGAGGGGCCGCCCUGAGGACGGAGGCUGAGCGCCAACACUUCCGGCACUUCUGCUGCCAGCAGGUGGAAGACCCCCGGAGGAUCCACCUGCAGCUGCAGGAUCUCUGCCACCAGUGGCUGAAGCCGGAGAGACGCAGCAAGGAGCAGAUCCUGGAGCUGCUCGUCCUGGAGCAGUUCCUGGCCAGCCUCCCUCCAAAGCUGCAGAGCUGGAUCCGAGCAGGAGGACCAGAGUCGUGUUCGCAGGCUGUGGCCCUGGCAGAGGAGUUCCUGAUAGCCAGCCAGCAAGACUUGGCUGAGGCUGAAGAGUGGCAGUUUCAGGAACCGAUGCAGGAUACAUGCGUGGAUUCUGUGGAUGCAGAGGAGGUGCCAUCGGACGUUGCUCAAGGACGGAUCUACAAAGACAGAGAUGGGGAGAUCAGUUUGCUAGGUGAUGACAUCAAAAGCUCAAGUAAUUCUGGUUUGUUGCUUCCUCCUGAAGGACGGGAGAUGGCUGAAGUUGUCCUGAGCAAGGUGGGCUUUGGAGAGCACAGCAAUGCUUCCUGUGGCCGGGGUCUCGGUGUGCAAGUAGAGGAGGGACUGCCAAACUCCAAGGAGACAGGCGUGCCUUUGCACAUGUUUGAAAGGACUCCAACACAGCCAGGCCAACAGACUACGUUCUGGCAAGUCCUGCCAGAGGACGAUGGGAAUGUCCUGUCUUUUGGUGAACAAAAGAGUUGCUGCAUCAAGAAGGAGACAUCUCAGCGGGGAGAGACAUCGCCAGAGGACAUACACAGGGCAUGCGCAGAAGUACCUCAGUGGGAUUUUCCUCUGACGUCUGAAACUCAUGAGCAGCGAUGUGAGGGGAAAGGGCGACAGAAGAAGCGAGUGGGGAGAGAGGGAGAACGCAACGACUACACAGAACUUAUUCCAGGUGUUGUUAUCCUGACCUCCUCAGGGCCCAUAGAGGGGGGAAAGCUUCCAUUUUCUGGGUACGGGAGGAAAUGCAACGACAAGUCAGGGCUUGUUGUGAGUCACCCUGGGGAGGACCCCAGCGAACGUCCUCCGUGGGGCAAAGAAAGCCAGACAAAGCAUUGCUUCUGUAAACCUUGGGGGAUGCUUACAGGAGGGAAACAACAUUCACCUGCUGAGUGUGGAAGAAGCUCUUUUGUUGGCCACCAAAAUAUUUGCACAGAAGAGGAACCCAAGGAAAAUCUUGAGGGUGGCCAAAGUUUCAGAUGCAGGCUGCAGAAUCAUCAAAAUGUUCCUUCAGGAAGGAAGAAGCAUGAAUGUUCCACAUGUAGGAAAAGCUUCACUUCCAGAGCAGGUUUAACAAAGCACCAGAGGAUUCAUACUGGAGAGAAACCCUACAGAUGCCUUGAGUGUGGGAAAAGCUUCAGCUGGGGGGAAAACCUGUGGAUACACCGGAGGGUCCACACUAGAGAGAAACCGUACAAAUGUUCUCACUGCAGCAACUGUUUCAGUCAGAGAGCGGACUUGAAGAUUCACCAGAGAAUCCAUACGGGAGAGAAACCGUACAAAUGUCCCGAGUGCGAUAAGAGCUUCAGGCGGCGACAGCACCUGAUGGGCCAUCAGAGGACCCAUAGCAGAGACCGCACAGAAGACAGCUCCCAUGGAUGCCCCGAAUAUGAGAAACGCUUCAGACCUAGACAUCGGAACAAUAAUUCAGGAAGGAAACCCCACAAAUGUUCUGUGUGCUGGAAAAACUUCACCUUCAGAGCAGAGUUAGCAAGACAUCAUAGAAUCCAUACGGGAGAGAAACCAUACGGAUGUUCUCAGUGUGGGAGAAGCUUCCGGCAGAGAGUGCACUUAGUUAAGCACCAGAUGAUUCAUACUGGAGAGAAACCCUACAGAUGCCUUGAGUGUGGGAAAAGCUUCAGCUGGGGAGAAAACCUGUGGAGACACCGGAGGGUCCACACUAGAGAGAAACUGUACAAAUGUUCUCACUGCAGCAACUGUUUCAGUCAGAGUGGGGACUUGAAGAUUCAUCAGAGAAUCCAUACGGGAGAGAAACCGUACAAAUGUCCCGAGUGCGAUAAGAGCUUCAGGCGGCGACAGCACCUGAUGGGCCAUCAGAGGACCCAUAGCAGAGAAAAUUUGAGAGUGGUGGAGAAAGAGGCCUCUACUGGGAUUAGUCUGCCAACAAGCCCACUCCUCCACCUCCUGAUUCCAGAUUCAGGGCUUCGCAGGCUGGGUGGGGAAAUGGAGCCUCAAACUGUGAGCCCAGAACGAGAAGGAGGGCUGGGAGGGGAUAACAAGCCCUCCAGUGUGGUUCAAUCAGACUGUGUGAGGGAGCAGCCAGGAUGGAGAGCAUCUCGAGAGACCAAGCAGGAGCCCUGCAACGGGAUUCAACAGCGCUGGGAGGCCCAGUGGCAGGAGUUCCUGACAACAUUGCAGUCUCCUCACACGACGGAGAACCCAUUGUCACUGGAGGCCACCCCAUGGGACGACGCCAAGGCCUUCCUGGCCUCCUUUGAGCAAGUGGCCAGAGCUUGCCAGUGGCCUAGGGAAGAAUGGGCAGCCCGGCUCCUGCCUGCUCUGAGCGGGGAAGCCAAACAGGCCUUCGUCGCCCUAGAAGCCGGAGACAGGGAAGACUUUGGGAAGGUGAAGGCGGCCAUCUUGCGAGGCGAUGCUAUCAAGAUGGAGGUGCAGCGCCAGCACUUCAGGAAGUUCCGCUGCCAGCAGGUAGAGGACCCCCGGAGGAUCCAGCUCCAGCUGCAGGAUCUCUGCCACCGGUGGCUGAAGCCAGAGAGAUGCAGCAAGGAGCAGAUCCUGGAGCUGCUGGUCCUGGAGCAGUUCCUGGCCAGCCUCCCGCCAGAACUGCAGAGCUGGAUCCGAGCAGGAGGACCAGAGUCGUGUUCGCAGGCUGUGGCCCUAGCAGAGGAGUUCCUGAUGGCCGGCCAGCAAGACUUGGACGAGGCUGCAGAAUGGCAGAAGCCACUGCAGGAGGGUUCCCUGAAGGCUGAGGAAACAGAAGAGCAAAGCAGUAGCAACGGUCUCUGUUUGCUGGGCAGUGGAAGCCAAGGCCCAAGGGAUCACAGCAACUUGCUUCCUCCUGAAGGACUCCAAACGUCCAUGUUGUGUCAGGCUAAGGGGCCAAUGAAUCUCGAGGAAACUUCACACAUGGACGAGCCCCCUCCAACCCAGACAGGCCAGAGGACCAUGUUUUGGCAAGUCAUGCAGGAAGAAGAUAGAGAUACAGAAUCUUUGGAGGGACUCUUGAUUCCUAAACCUGACCCUGCCUCCCACCCUGAAAAAGAAGAGGAGAUCUUUGUCCGGUUUCCUGUGGAAAGUGAAGGAUUCCCAAGUCAAGAUUCAGGUGACAAGAGGAGGAGUGUGAUCAAGAUGGAGAACUCUCAGCAGGACGAGGUGCAUAACACAUUAACAGAAAUUUCUCAAUGGAACAUGCCAGUGACAGCAGCUAUUGAUGAGGAAAGAUGUGAGUCCAACAGGGACCAGGGGAGGAAGCCAGAAGAGCAGGAGGAUGAAGCCAGGAAGUUCCCAGAAGGUCCUACAGCUUCUGGUAAUGAAAUCUCCAUGGUGCACUUGAGGCCCAAGAAGCCCUCAGUCUCCAAGUACAGCCAAAAGUGCAACUACCGAUUAGGAUGUGUCAUGAAACAGGCUGGAGAGAAACACUAUCACUCUCCCACAUCAGGGGAAAGCAUCCAGCAAAAAACAUGCCUUCUGGCACACCAGGGAAUCCAGCCUGGGAAGAAAUUGUACAGCUGCUCUGAAUGUGGGAAAAGCUUCCAUACAAGAUCUAUAUUUCUUAGACAUCAGAAAAUCCACACCAGGGAGAGUCCCUUUGAAUGCCUUGAGUGUGGGAAAAGCUUUAAUCGGAGAACAAACCUUUCGAGACACCAGACGAUCCAUACGGGCGAGAAAGUGCAUGAAUGCCCCAAGUGUGGGAAAAAGUUCUAUCGGAGAGAUGCGUUGCUUCAGCACCAGAUAAUUCAUACUGGGGAGAAACCAUAUGAAUGCCCGGAGUGUGGCAAAAGCUUUAGGGUUAAGAAGACAUUACAUAGACACCAGACAAUUCAUCUUGGAUAUAGAACAGUUAAUGCUGAAAGAUUUUUAAAAAAUUAAUCUUGUUCCCAAACCUAUAGAGAGCAAACACAUUCCACACAUAUUUACAAAACAGAAAAUAAUAUUUCCAUCCCAAGGAAAUAAUUGUUCAACUCCUUGAUCAAUAGUGAGAGGGAAUGUGUUUUUGUGCCAACUUUUUGAACAAAAACCAAAAGCAGGCCCAUGCAUUUUGUUAGCAGACCCUGCAGCUUGGAUGAAAUAGAUUGGAAUAAUCAUUUACAGUUUCUGGAGUUUAUUCAUGCAGGUACUAUUUAUUUACAGGAGGAGUGGAAGUAUCAGACAUGUUGACUCAACAAGCUGAGAAAGAAUAACAAACAAAUGGUUUAGCUUUUAAGGGUGGAGUUAACAGAGAGCUACAAACAAGUGCUCUCUGGAUUGCUACACAAAUAGUGCCCUUGUGCUUAAACUAAGACACGCAUGCUUUUCUCUAACAAGUUAUUCAUGGGAUGGAGAGACUAGGGAAAAAGAGUGUUUAGAUGGUUGCUUUUAAGUGUUUUCGAUUUUGUGAGUUUUUAUUUCUUUUGAUUGGUGCCUUGGGAACUGUAUACUUGAGAAAGCAAUAAAUAAAGGGGUCUUUUAUUGUAAAAAAUGGUGUAUAAAAAUUUGGUUGUUGAUUUUUUAAAAAGUGUUUUUAUUUCAAUUGUUUUUUGGGUGGAUUGGUGCUGGGGAGCUGUUGCCACAUGAAGCCUUGCAGGUGUACAUGGUGGGGUCUGGGAGGUUGCAGGAUAUAGGGUAUCCCUCUUGCGCCUUCUGGAAACAACACAGCUUUCCAGAUUCCUUGUGCUUCGUUUGUGGAGACUGCUCUCCCUAGAACUGUGCUGUCUUGGUUAAGUGCUUUGCUAAAAAGCUUCUAUUUCCUGGGACUGAGACGCCAGCCUUGAAGGGCACCACUGCAGCAGGGCCGGCUCGCCCAUUGGCUCUAGUGGCGCGGGGCACCACGGCGCCUGGGCGCUGAGGGGCGCCCCAGCAAGUGGGGGAGCUGCGCGGCGGCCUCCCUUUUCCCUCCGCCAGCCGCGCCGCUCAGGGGAGAGCAGGGAGGUAAGCGAGCGGA